AUGUUUGGUGUUACUGCGGUUAUAGGCCGAAGGACAAAUUGGAAUCAGGUUGUGUCAUGUAGUGGUGAAAGGAUUGAAUUUCUCAAGCGGUUGUAUUUGGAUCACGUUGUUGGGUGCGAUAGAUUAGAAAACACGAUAUUUGGAAGCCGUCUCGAUGUGCGCAAACUUGGAAGAAUGGAUGUACGGACGUUGCAAUCACAAGGGUUAAUGUAG